AUAUGUCAGUUAUGAAUUGACAUGUUACUUCAAAAUAAGGUUAAGUUAUCUCAAUUUUAUAUUUAUAAAUUAGUUUUCGUAUGUUUUUUGAUAUAAUAAAUAAUGCCUUUAACCGAAUAUUUAUCCACGCUAUCAGAUAACCCGUAUUUCGGCGCGGGUUUCGGUUUAUUCGGCGUCGGCGCCGCGGCAGCGGUCUUAAGAAAAGGUUUCCAAGCUUCUUUAGUCCUAUUUCGUAGACAUUACAUGAUCACACUUGAAGUGCCUUGCAGAGACAAAUCGUAUCAGUGGUUAUUACAAUGGAUGACGACUAAAGGUGCACGACAAACUCAACAUUUAAGCGUCGAAACUAGUUUCGAACAAAAAGACAGCGGACUCAUAAAAACUAAAUACGAUUUCAUACCGAGCAUAGGAACGCAUUUUUUCCGAUAUGGUAGAACGUGGAUACGGGUGGAAAGAACUAGGGAACAGCACGCUUUAGAUUUACAUAUGGGGACGCCUUGGGAAACGGUACAAUUAACGGCUUUAGGACAGAAUAAACAAAUGUUUUUUGAUAUAUUAGAAGAAGCACGAACGAUGGCGUUGGAAAAGCACGAAGGUAAAACGAUUAUGUACAACGCAAUGGGAAGCGAAUGGAGACCUUUAGGGCAUCCUAGACGAAAACGACCGAUUUCUUCAGUUAUUUUAGAUGAAGGAAUAAGUGAAAGGGUCUUAAACGAUUGCCGGGAGUUUAUAUCGAACCCGGGGUGGUAUAUAGACCGAGGAAUACCAUAUAGACGCGGUUAUCUCCUUUACGGACCACCAGGGUGCGGUAAAUCAUCUUAUAUAACCGCAUUAGCUGGUGAAUUGGGUUUUUCCAUUUGUAUAUUGAAUUUAUCUGAAAGGAGUUUAUCUGAUGACCGAUUGAAUCAUCUUCUGAGCGUCGCGCCUCAACAGAGUAUCAUUUUAUUGGAAGACAUCGAUGCCGCGUUCGUUUCCAGGGAGGAUACCCCGCGACAGAAAGCGGCUUAUGAGGGAUUAAACAGGAUCACUUUUAGCGGGUUAUUGAAUUGUUUGGACGGCGUGGCUAGUACAGAAGCUAGGAUCGUUUUUAUGACGACGAAUUAUAGAGAACGAUUGGAUCCGGCUCUGAUUAGACCGGGUAGGGUAGACGUACAGGAGUAUAUCGGUUGGUGUUCGAUUAGUCAAAUCGAGAAGAUGUUUCUUAGGUUUUACGAUGGUGCGGAGGCUCCAAGUCAAGCGAAAGUUUUUGCUGAGAAAUUAGCGAAAUAUAACGAUAAUAUCAGUCCGGCUCAAGUGCAGGGUUACUUUAUGGUGCAUAAACAUUCGAAUUUCGAGGAAGUGUUGAAAAAUUGCGAAUAUUUUGGAGGAAAUGGCACUAAUAUCAGAAAAAGUGUAGAAAUCUAAUUUUUGUAGAAAAAUUAGUUGAAAUAUGAAUAAGAAAUGUUCCGUUUUGAUUUAUUUAAUUAAAAAAUAUGAUUUGA